AUGAGUUCUAAAUCAUUGAAAGGUAAAAGAGAUAAGAGAUACAAGUGCACAUAUGAAGGUUGUACCAAAGUUUACGAUAGACCCUCACUAUUACAACAACAUAGGUAUUCGCAUACUAAUGAAAGGCCAUAUUUCUGUGAUUAUGAGAACUGUGGUAAAAGGUUUAUGAGACCUUGUCAUCUGCGGGUUCAUCAAUGGACACAUUCACAAGUUAAGCCAAGAACCUGUCAUAUCUGUGGUAAAGGUUUGAUCACCUCCCAACAACUGAAAAGACAUUUGAAUACACAUGAGAAAAAACUUAAAAAGGAUAUCGAUGUCAUAAUCGGUGGAAACAAUGUUCCUGAUAAUGCUAUUAAUAAUGCUGCUGAUCAAAUUUCAAAAGGUUCUGAUGUAUCUAGCGAUGCUUCUCCUAAUAAGGCUUCGAAUGGAUUCUCUAUUGGUACCCCUUCAAGUUUAGUUAAUGGUGAAUCUUCAGAGGCUAAUUCAAGUGUUUCAUCUGCACAUGAUGCCUUCAACAUACCAUGUCUGUACGAAGACUGUGAUGUAUUGAUUAAACCAGAAGAUGACUUGAUGAACCAUAUGAUAGAAGCCCAUUUGGUGAGUAGAAUGUCUGCCUCUGAUACUGUACCAGAUUUAUUGUUUAACGAUGUUGACUCAGUUAUACCUUCACCUUUAAGUGACAUCAAGAGUGAAACAUCACCUGGAUCUGGUUUUUCAAACAACUAUCAACUUAAGAGUGAUGUGGUAUUCCCAACGAACAUCAAUGUCCCAAUGGCUGUGUUUGAUCAGACUAAUAAUUACAAUAUGACCAAACCAUUCCCAUUUGAGUUGAUUAAUAAUGAACAGUUAAUAAGAAAUUAUUGGAGUAAUUUAAGGUGUAAAAUUGAAUCGUGUCCAUGUAGUAUGAAAACUCAAUUUGUCAAUGUAUUUGAUUUAAUAGAGCAUUAUGAUCAAACACAUGCGUUCGUUCCAGUCACAUUAGUUAAAUAUGGGUAUAUUAGUGUCUUCACUAGUGAAUGA